GACCAGCCCAAAGCUUUUCCAUGAGCAAAAUUCCUGUGCAAAUGAGAAAGUGUUUUUGAAAAGUAAAAAUAGUCAAAACCCCAUCAACAACAAGAACACAUUUCCAGCAAAACCCAGAGCACAGAAAACAAAAUCCCAAUUCAAUGGCGAAUUCACUGAUUAUCAAAACCUUAAACUCAAUCAAAAGAAACCCAAAAUUCCUCGCAACAUUCUCGUCCCAAUCUCAAAUCCACACUCGUCUCUUCACUUCCAUUGCCACCGCCCAAGAGCCCCAAUCCGAGGACCCAUCUUCCUCGACCUUCACAUUCUCAUCUGAUGGAAAAACCCACAAAAACGACAACAACAGCAGCAUUUACGUCAAGGCGCCGAGCUCUAAUUCCCAGACGACAUCGUCGUCGUCCGUGACGAUGCCGAUGUCGUUUAUGACUGGUUCGAUAGUGGGGAAGAGGUUCUACAACGAGGUGAAGGUGAGAGAGUCCGAAGAUGGGGUUGGGUGGUCUGUGAUGCUUGAUUACCGGACGCUCAAGACGCCAUCGAAGAGGCCUCUCAAGCUCCCUACUUUGCCUCUCGCUAAGGCUGUUGCUGCCGAGUGGGAAUAUCAGGAAACAGAUGGGAUCAGACCCUUCUCGAUGCCUCUAAUGAAACUUGCUUGUACUGCAUUGGAAAGAAUUCCACUCACACGACCUAAGGUUAUUGAACAUUUGAUGAAGAAAUUUAAUCAAGAUCUGGUCUUCUGUCGAGCUCCGGAUGAUAAUAUUCUGACAAGAGGCGUCCACGAACGUCAGGUGGAGAAAAUUGAUCCUUUACUUGAUUGGGUAGAGUCCGAAUUUGGCUUUAAGCCUGUUGUCUACUCCAGCUUUUAUGGUGGAAAGCAGGAGGAUGGUCUCAUAAAGGCCAUAGAGAACCUUCUGAAGAAAACAGAUGACUGUGAAUUGGCAGCAAUUGAUGCUAUGGCAUCUGCGGCACAUUCUUUGAUUAUUGCGAUCGGGAUCUGUCGUGGGAAAUUGCAGAUUGAGGACGCAAUUGAAUUGAUUAGACUUGAAGAAGAUUUGCAGGUGGACAAGUGGGGUCUUGUAGAAGGAGGCCAUGAUUUGGAUAUUGCUGAUCUCAAGGUACAGAUCUCAUCAGCUGCCGUAUUCCUUGGCCUUUCCAGGAGGAUAUAACCCCUGUACAUCUUUUACUCUUUUUGUCAAUUAUUAUUUUAAAAGAGCUAGAUUUUUAGGUUAGUUUUAGCUCUUUGGUUGUUGUAGAUCUAUACAACUUUCAUGCAUGUAAUGCUCAAUUUUGUGAGAACUUGGAAAUGAUUGCCAUUGGAAUGCGGAUGCACUGUAAUUCAUCUUUGCUUAAAUAAUAGAGAGAAUAAAUGGUUCCAUUGUA